AUGGAAAGUCAUAAGUAUUAAAGAAAAAGGGUAUCGUAGUUGCGUCGCUCGCAGAGGGUAAUUGGCGUGCGUGCGUGCCACUCCUUCGGUUUCAAUACAAAUCAGAAACUCACUUCAACGCAAAAUCUCUUUCUCUGUCUCUGUUCUUUGGCUUAGGGUUUUGUUCCAGAAGAUGCAGAUAGAAGCAUGGGUGUGUCCUUGACCUUGAUGACCAUGCGCCCCCUUCACAGCCUUCAAUUUUCUUCGUUCAUCACCACCAUGUCCUCCGUCCGGUGCCGAUUCCAAUCGGCAUUCGAUUCCUAUUCCGUUGCUUGCGAGGCCUUUUCUGAACCCCACCCUUUUCCCCUUUAAUACAGACUUUCCUCUCCCUCUCUUCUUUUUUCUCCUCCAUGUCUUCCGUUACCGAUAAUCAUGACGUUGGCGUUGUGGAAAAAGAUCCAACUUCGCGAUACGCGCGGUACGAUGAAUUUUUGGGGAAAGGAGCCUUCAAGACUGUAUACAAAGCGUUUGACGAAUUGGACGGAAUUGAAGUGGCGUGGAACCGGAUCAGCAUUGAGGAUGUUCUUCAAUCUCCGCAACAGUUGGAGAAACUGUACUCAGAGGUUCAUUUGCUCAAGUCUUUAAAACAUGAGAACAUCAUCAAGUUGUACAAUUCUUGGGUGGAUGAUAGAACUGGCUCCAUCAACAUGAUCACUGAGUUGUUCACCUCUGGGAGUUUGAGACAGUAUCGGAGGAAGCACAAGAAUGUGGACAUGAAGGCCAUCAAGAACUGGGCGAGGCAGAUUCUUCGUGGUUUGUGCUUUCUGCACAGUCACAGUCCCCCCAUUAUUCACAGGGACCUGAAAUGUGAUAACAUUUUUGUCAAUGGGAAUAAUGGACAAGUUAAGAUUGGAGAUCUUGGAUUGGCGAUUGUCAUGCAGCAGCCUACUGCAAGGAGUGUCAUUGGAACACCGGAAUUCAUGGCCCCAGAACUUUAUGAGGAGGAAUACAAUGAGCUUGUUGACAUAUAUUCAUUUGGCAUGUGUAUCUUAGAAAUGGUCACCUGUGAGUACCCGUAUGGUGAAUGUAAAAAUCCGGCGCAGAUAUAUAAGAAAGUUACCUCUGGUAUAAAACCUGCUGCGCUUGCUAGAGUAAAUGAUCCUGAAGUGAAGCAAUUUAUAGAGAAGUGUCUGGUUCCUGCAUCUAUGAGAUUGCCGGCAUCUGAACUAUUGAAAGACCCGUUCCUUGCAACUGAAAAUGCAAAGGAGAUCAACUGUGAUACACUGAAGCCACCUAAUGCCCAUACCAGAUUGGUGAAUCCACUGACAAGUGAGCCUCAUCCCAUGGAGAUAGAUUCAAACUCUAGGCAUACUUCACCUGGCUCUUCUGAGAGAAGAAACGAAGAAACUUCUCAAUUUUCAGUUAUUGAUCUCACGAGGAUGACAGAAAAUAACGAAUUUAGGUUAAGAGGGGAGAAAAAUGCUGAAAGUACAAUUUCACUUACUCUGCGAAUUGCUGAAACAUGUGCAAUUUCAAUUGCUGAGGAGAUGGUGGAACAUCUGGAACUCACAACUGAGAAUGUAUCUGUCAUUGCUGAGCUCAUACAUGACAUGCUUGCUAAGCUUGUGCCCAACUGGAAACCCUUCUGUGAAAACCUCUCAUCUGGAACAGAUCAUUUGUAUGGGCCUUCUUCAGAAGUUCAGAGCAGUGAACAAUUAAACUGCCAUUGGCCAUUACGGUCAAGUGAUUUUGAUAAGAAGACAACAAUCUAUGAAGAUUUAGUUCACUCCCAGCUUGAGGAUGGAGAUGAUCAGGAGAAACAAGAAUCUGUUCUGUCAGAUAUUUCAGCGGAGUGUGGAAUUAUUCUUGAUGAAUUCUGCGAGGGGUUCGAUUGCUUCAAUUCCAAUUCAGACGUCAGGCUUUGUGAGCAAGAAGAUGGACACAAGAAUCACUCUGAGAAUUCAGCAGGCUCUUUAAUAAAUUCAUGUUGCAAUCCUUCCAAAAACUUUGAAACGUUAAGCAAAUGUUCUCAUACUCUAGUUGACAAUGAUCAUUCAAAUGAGCUGCAGUUGGAGCUCGAAGCAAUAGAAACACAAUAUCGGCAGUGCUUUAGUGAGCUUGUGAAGAUGAGGGAGGAAGCCAUAGAAAAUGCCAAAAGGAGAUGGAUAACUAAGAAGAAAAUAUCAGUCAUGUGAUGCAUUAGGAUCAUUUUCUGUGAUUUUUUUUUCUUUUAAUUUUUUUGGCAUUGUUUACAUCAUUCGAUUUCUGGCUGCUUAGUCUUUACCUUUAUUUGAUUUCUUAAUGGAAUAGGUAUUUUUUUGUUCAGUACCAGGCAAUAACAGCCCAUGCGAUUUUAAUAGAUAUUACUUUGUGUGGAUGAUGACGAAGAAAGAGCAAAUUUAUUUUUUGUUAUUGACAAAUAAGCUGUGAAUUUAUCAUUUCAAUUUCUUAUCAAAUGCAUAUUGCUACUGCAAAUUUUGUCCGACUACAUUUUUUACCAUUUAUGUAAAUGACCCAUUCCGUGGUAAAUUGUGGCACCUUAUAUAUUGCCAUGGUCACAGUUUUAGUCUACAACACCUAUUAGAUUAAAAAAAAAAAGUCGCUGAAACAAGGGAACACAUCAAGUUCCAAACCUGUGCUCAGAUUGAUUAAUUUUGUUUGAAAGAGUAAUUGCAAAAGUUGUGUGCUCCAAUAUGCACUUUUGGUACCGACUGAGAGUCAUGCACAGGUUCGAAUAAGUCAACACAAGGUCUUUGUCCUGCAAUUGCGUGUUUGACUUUGUUCGUGGGUCAAAGCUUCAAUCCAUGAUGAAAAGGAUCAGACUGAGUAGGAGGGUCAGGAGGUUGUGGUUGAAGAGGGUCGUCCACGUUUACCACUGGCCAUAUUUCUGCAUGCAUUUCACAAACCAAAAUAUUCAGUAACAAGGUCGAGAAAUUAGUGCUCAAUCAAAGCAUAGCUGCCCUUUUCCACUACAACAGUCCAAUGGAUUGAACUGCUGUUAUACUAUAAUCUAAUACAUUGAUUAAUAUACAAAGCUUACAAGAAAAAUAAAAUGGUUUUCCUUAAAAUUUUGAAAUUUAAAAGCUUAGUUAGAUAGCCUCUUAUUAGAAAGAAUAAUGCUCCUCAAUUUAACCAUUGUGAAAUAUACCAAUUAUAUACAUCAAUUGUCAUUUUAAAGACAUAACUGAGUACUUAGUACAAAAAUAUGAGAUAAUACAGUAAUUAUUAUGUAGUUACAUACAUGUAUCUAUUGAAUCUUAGAGCAUAAUCAAAAUAUUAGGCUUUUUUUACAGACGUGCAACUUUUUUAAUAUCAAAUUACAUAUGUUUUUCUUCUUUUUUUUACAUAAAUGUCCUAAAACGUAUAUGUAGAAGUGGAUUAUAGACGACUUCUACAUUCCAUUUAAAUUUUGUUUUUCUUUUAAAAAAGUUGACUUCAAUUAACUUCUAUUCUUCAAAAAAGUCAAUUGUCACCGAGAUUGCAGGUUAUUUGUCAUUUCUACAAUCUUGGGCAUGGUAUAAAAUACCUUAGUUAGCCCCUAAGCACCAUCAUCCUCUCAUUUUUCUACUAGCAUUGAGGUACAAAUUAAUUCUAUCAAUAUAUUAUUUUUUUGUUAUUUAUAUAUGUUAAUUUUGCAAGUAAAAACUAAUUAUGCAUAUUUCAAGUGGAAAAGUUAUAGGUUAUCAAUAAGAUCAAAUACGAAUAAAUUAUUGUGAAAUAGAAGGAUCAUUGAUUCAAUUGGCAUUACUGAGGUAAGUUCAAAUAAGGUGUGUUACUAAAUUAUUUUGUUUUAAAUAAUUAUAUUUUUGGUCUAAUAUUUGUUAUUUAUUAUUUCAGUUUAGGUUCCUACAACAAUGAGGUCAGAAACAUUACACCUCCUUUCGUGUAUGAUGAGGCUGAUGUUUGAGCAUUUGUGACUGCUCUUAUACAGUUUACUAUGAUUGUGUGACACCCUUUUGAUCGCGUAGUUCGACAAUUUGGUGGAGCACAACACAUACCAAUGAAUCUGAUAAAUAUUGAUUGGUUGCACGCUAAAGAUGAGAGGGGUGAUCUAGAUAUAAGGUGACCUGAUUAUCAUGUGACAUGGUAUGGUGUAUGAGAGGUACGUAGGGAUCGACGAGUACUUUCAAUGGUACUUGUCAUUCGCUAAUAGAUUUUUGUCAUUGGAUGGAGGUCCACAAGAUGCAGAGCUUAGGGACUUAUCUGAUGGUGUACCACUAAAUGUUUCCCCUGCACCUGACAUAAUACACCCUGAUGACAUUCUAGAUAGAUGCUCUUUCAUACGUCAUUUGCGUGCAGGUACACAUGCUAGUAGACGUCAGUACCAUGAUAAGACGGAUAUACUAGCCAACCUCCCAGCACACAAUGUAGAACCUGAUGCAAAUCCAACUAUAUAACAUACCUAACACUAUGUAUACCACCCGA